GUGCCUAGUUCUCUUAUACUACUACUAGCCGCUCUGGGAGUAUCUUUGGGUAUUGGGAUAGUUUGCGGCCACCUUUGACUUGCGAGUUUCGCCAAGAGAGUCUACAGCCACUAGAACGAUGACAAGCAGACUCAAGCGGAAGCUCAACGACCUCGGGGUGGACACCGGUAGCUCAAAAGCCAACGAGUCGUUCUGUCUAAUUGGAACACCCUUGCCGCCGCUCGAGAAAUCAAAGGAUACCGGGGAGUUCGUGCCAUUGUGGAAGCAAGACGUCAGGGAUGAGAAAGGCCGGCGCCGGCUGCACGGAGCGUUCACGGGAGGGUUCUCCGCGGGAUACUUCAACACUGUCGGUUCGAAAGAGGGAUGGGCCCCAUCUACAUUCGUCUCCUCAAGGAAUGAGCGCGCAAAGCAGAAGGCGGCGCGGCCUGAAGACUUCAUGGAUGAGGAGGACAUAGCGGAGCUGCGCGAGAGCCGGAAGCUUGUCGACGAACAUGAAGAGAUGGACUUUGGUGGUACGGCCGCCGAGAAGCGAAAGCAGCAGGCGGGUACCGCGGAACAGGACCCCAUAUCCGCCGCGCUAGCUGCAUCGCUUGCGCCGGCACCUAAGGAUUCUAUGGGUGCGCAAAUCCUCAAGAAGAUGGGCUGGCGACCAGGCCAAGGUAUCGGUCCGCGGGUUACGCUCGCACAACGCAAACGUCAAGACGCCGGUUUCCUUGACCCGUCCAAGGAAGUCGACGGCGAAGAAGACGAUAUCGAGGAGGCCAAGAAACAUAUGUAUCCCAGGCGGGACAUUCCCGUCAUCAUUGCCCCUCGGAAGGACAACUUUCACGGGCUGGGCUAUUCGCCUGGUCUUGGGCUGAACGAGAGUCUAGGUCAGGCCGCCCGCGGUGGGGAAGGUCAGGCCGGGCCGUCGAUAUCUGCUGGCUUCGGGCUGGGUGCAUUGAAUGACGCUGACGACGACGAUGUCGAUAUCUAUGAUGCCGGCGCGGGGUCGGGUCGUUCCCGCCUCGCUUUCGAUGAUUCUCUCGGUGACGAUGACCAGUACAUCAGCAUCGGGUCCAGCUCUCGACGACAACCCUCAUCACGAGAACCUAGGGUACCUCCCGGAAUCACGCAGACUUUCCACGAUGGCACACCGGUGCUGAGAGGGUUUGUAUUGUCGGGCAAGCCUGUGGCUGAGGACAGAUGGUUCCCUCUUCCUAAGAUACCGCCUGGUUGGAAGCCGGACCCACGCCGGGUGUGGGAGCAGGAGAAGAACAAGGAGAAUCAGCCAGCAAGUGCGGACCAGACAAAAGCUGAGAGCCUGCUACCAUCAUCGCAUGCAGCAUGGAAACGCAGUCAGCUUUCCGCCGAUGAGCGAGGCAAUAUGCUAGGCGAGACGCCUUUACCAGCGAAGACACGUUCCGUCUUCGACUUCAUGUCUCAGAAAGACCGAGAACGCCUCGAGAGCAUCCGGAACCUGAAAGCGGAUCCCUCUGCGCCCCCUGCUCCCCGACCGCCCUCCCCCGACCGCCCUCCGCCCCCGCCGACCGCUCGCGGCAUCCCCCACCUCCACCCAUCCGUAGCGAAAGCCGCGCUGCAGGGCUUCAAGCCCUUCGCCGCAGACGCUGUGAAACAGUCCCGCUACACCGCAUUCCUCAACUCCCAAGCCAACCACGUCGCCGGUGACCCUGUCAACAGCGUCGGCUUCGGCCCGCUCCCUGGCCAGAGCACAGACGAGUACUACAAGGAGCUCGAGGACUACGCGAAGUCCGCGGCGGUCUUCAAGCCGCUCUCGGGCGCGAUGGCGGGUCGCUUCCGCAGCGCCGUCAUCAUCGAGAACGGCCCUACUGUCAUCGAAGGCCUGCACCAACCGGAGCCUGCCGCAGAAGGGGCCGACGACGAUGGCGAGGCCGCGGAGGAGAAGGCGGAGGACCCGAAGAUGGGCGCGGUACGGCUGGGCAUGUUCGGUCCCCUCACGCGCGAGGUCAAGCCGUGGCAGCCUGCGCGCCUUCUGUGCAAGCGCUUUGGGGUGAAGGACCCCGAGGUGGACUUAACGGGUCCUGCGGGAGAGGCGUCUGAAGGAUUCGAGUUCGCGACGACCGCGGCAAGGAACGCUGCGGAUGCGCCCGUAGGCGGCGCCGGGGAGAGUACUCCGGGGACCGCGCCUUUGAUGCUCACGUCUGGGUCAGGUGCAGACGUGGGCGCAAGCGGACGCAGGAGUGGCCCGCGGAACCUGACGAACAUCGGUCUCGGCGAGGAUGAUACGCAGGGACAGGAAAUCCUCACGUACGAACGGCCGGCCAUGGAUGUCUUCAAGGCGAUCUUCGCAAGCGACGACGAGGACAGUGACGAUGAACCGGAGGUCGCUGCUAAGGCGGAGGAGAAGACGCCCGCGCCGCUCGACUUUUUCGGCACGGCGGAGCCUGCUGCGAAGGCGAAGACCGCUACGCCGCCUCCUGCACCCCUUCCGAACGCUCCGCUAGAGAAGGUGGACCUUGCGACGUUCAAGCCAACCUUUGUGCCUCGCUCGGAGCGCGAGUCGCGGAAGGGCAAGAGCUCGGACAAGAAGGACAAGAAGAGCAGGGACAAGAAGAAGGCGAAGACGGCGCUCAUGUCGUUCGACGUCGAGGAUGACGGAAGCAUCCCGAGCUUUGGUCCGCCCGCCGCGAAGGCGGGACGCGAUGGUGAGCCGAAGAAGAAGAAGCGGAAGACGCGAGAGGAAGAGGACAACGGCGACGACGCGAUGUGGGUUGAGAAACCCGCACCGGACGUCGUGAAGAACCUGUCUCUGCCACCCGCACUACCACCAGACACCUCCGAGGGCACGCCUCCCGCCGGCCAUGGCAACGAGUCUGGGCCGCCGAGGGGCCGGAAACGGGCGAUAGACUUCAUGUAGGACUGCUACUAGCAUACUAAUCCC